CAGACUAAACUCUGCAGCCUUUCACUAACAGCCUGUAGGAGCCCUCUCCCUGCAGCUGCACAGGACAGCGAGGCUGAGCCCCAGAACCACAGGGACCAUGAAGAGCCUGCUCCUGCUCGCCGUUCUGGCAGCCUUAGCUGCGGCAAUUUUGUGUUAUGAAUCUCAUGAAAGCAUGGAAUCCUAUGAAAUUAGUCCUUUCCUUAACAGGAGAAAUGCUAAUAUCUUCAUAUCACCACAGCAGAGAUGGAGAGCUCAAGUCCAGGAGAGGGUCCGAGAACGCACCAAACCCUCCCACGAGAUCAACCGAGAAGCCUGUGAUGAUUUCAAACUUUGCGAACGCUACGCCAUGAUGUAUGGAUACAAUGCAGCCUACAAUCGCUAUUUCAGACGGCGCCGAGGGACCAAGUGAGAUUGGAAAAAGUGUCCUUCGUUCCAGAGCCUAGGGUCUGGUUUUGUAUUCCCUGCAAUAGCGUCACUGAAAUAUCUAGAAGCAUAUACAUUGCUUGUUCCCUACCCGUUUUCCAGCCGGACUCUCCGUCCCCAGAUUGUUUGAUAAGUAGUGAAAGUGUGGUGUAAUGGAGGGCAGAGGGGAGUUGCGAUGUGUGAUUAGAACAUAAUAAACUUCUGGUUGGAUACUUUUCA